AUGGAUGUGAUAGAAAUUAAUGGCCUUCGCGUUCGCACUGAAGUAGGCAUCAGUCCUCAUGAGCUUGGCAAACUCCAAGAGCUCAACAUAUCAAUACUCUUGAGAACUUCCGUCGAGAAGGCUGGUGAGACGGAUCUUGUGGAAGACACGAUCAACUACAAAAACAUCACAAAAGAUGUCCUAUUCCAUGUGGAGAAUAAAAAGUACAAUCUCAUAGAAACUGUGGCAACUGAUGUUGCACGCAUUUGUGUGGCAAGGUACGGUGUUCCAUCAGUGAGAGUGACUGUGGAAAAACCUCACGCCUUACGGUUUGCAGAAUGUUCCUCGGUGACGAUUGAACGGUGCUGGGAAGACUUGGAGUGGCAUGAGGCUCAUGUAAAACUUGGCUCAAACGUGGAUCCUUUACGUAAAAUACCGCAAGCCAUCCAAUUGCUAAAAGAUAAAGGAAUCGUUAUUAUUGGACUGUCCACCGCGUUUUGGACCAAAGCCGUGAUGGUCGAGAAAGAGGCUGAUGACUUUAUCAAUAUCACCGCCUUAGUUAAGACGAAGCUUGAUAUCCAGGGGUAAGUUGUAACGAUUGCAUUUAUAGAUGUUAUGAAAAAUUUGUAUCGUUUAUGACUGAGCUAAACGGGAUUACUUUUUAAGCUGUCAGUAUUCAGACGUUCAGCGCCUACCAACCAGAAACCUCACUAGGGCUCAGCAUAGUUCACCUGAAUGUCUCUCUUAAGUUUGCAGACAUAUUUUAUAAUUAUGGAAGCAAAUUGAAAAAAAAGUGUAACGAAUAAGAUGAAUAGGUUCCCUGCAAUUGAUCUAAUACGUCAAGGAGCUGCUUCCUCUUCGAUAUACGGGAGCCAAUCGAGAAGAGCAUCAAAUUUCUUUCUUGAAUAAAAUCAUAGAUUAAAGGGAAAGUUCAAACAAGACCAACAACGAAUGCUCGACAAAUAACUAUUUCAAGCAUUAUUCUUAAACACAUUGUCUUUUUUUCAGUUUGAAACUGGUUUUACUUGACAUUGAGCUUCAAAUGCAACGAGAACGAAAACCUAAUUCAAGCGCUGUAACCAUUGACUUAGACAUCACCUUCUAUGAAAACAAAAUCAUGGAAUACGUGCUUAACCGUUCAUCGAUGGGCAAACAUUUCGUCGUCCCUCAUCCUGAAACACAUAAGGAAGCUCACGUGAUCAUUCCUUUGGCUGACGUCACUCCAAACUUUGUUCAUCCACUAAAGAAAAAGUCUCUCCGAGAAAUUGCCAAGGACAUCAGUGGUAAAGACGACUUCUACUCUCUGUUUUCCACAGUUCAAGACAAAGGCUUUCUGCAAAUGAUUGAUGGUUCGGUUGAGCAUUCCCAUGAGCAAGGGGACAGUUGCAAAAUGAAUCCCAGGUUUAAAGGGGAAUAUCAGUUGUCAGAUGGGGAGCCACUUUUUAAUACGAUGACCCUAGAAACUGGCAAGCCUCCAACUGAGUCUAACACAAAUGCAGCCAUGCUGAAUGAAGACCUUUUAACAGAUUUGAUUAAACCAUCCUCGACGAAUACCUCCCUGGCUAACGCCAGUGACUUGCAAAACAUUCCAUGCUUCGCAGAUCCUGUCUCAAGUGACUCCAUAGAUCGAUUUAAAGGCAGCAUCCCAAAUUGCAUUGAGAAACCUUUGACAACUGAGAUCCACCCGGUUGCUUUGGUAACGGGUGCCGCCAGGAGGAUUGGUGCUUCCAUCAUUAAAAAACUACACGAUGGAGGAUAUAACGUGGUGGUUCAUUAUAACAAGUCUGAAACAGAGGCAAACAAGCUGGUCCAAAAACUUAACAGGUAGAAAAACAUUAUUGCAAUCAUGUUGCUCUUCAAUAUUUCUUCAGUUUAUCAUUACAUACUAACCUUCACACACCACAGAAUGCCUCUAUUCAACCAUAAUCUCGUGCUGUAUAUCGAUGUUUACAACCUUUUUUCUUCAUAUAGAGAUCGACAGAACUCUGCCGUGCUGGUACAAGCUGAUCUAUCAUUUGAUGUAAGCAAAACUGCCCAGCGGGUCAUCAACGAAGCGGUGGAGGUGUGGGGAAGACUUGACGUCUUGGUGAAUAAUGCUUCCCAGUUUUUUCCAACACGCGUUGAUGCAGUAACAGAACAGGAGUGGACAGUCCUAAUCCAAGCUAAUCUAACGUCACCAUUUUUUCUCUCGCAGGUAUAUCGGACAGCCAUGUCAAAUAACUUUUUAAACUUCUGAUUUAUCAUUUUCAAGUUAGUUUUUGUAACGAAAUUAAUAUUUUAACCUUUAGGCUGCACAUCCUUUCUUAAGAGAGUCCAGCCGAGGAAGCAUUGUAAAUUUGUGCGAUAUCCACGGAGUGCGACCCAAGGAUAAUCACUCAGUCUAUUGUAUCUCCAAAGCAGGCCUCUAUAUGGCUACACUAUCAUUGGCUAAGGAGUUUGCACCAAAUGUCAGAGUUAACGGUGUUGCUCCUGGGUGCAUCCUCUGGUCUGAGGGACCAUGGGAUGGAAUGUCCGUCGAUGAAAAAGAGAGAGCGAAAAAACAUCAGGAAACUCUGAGGAAAGUUCCGUUUGGACGAAGUGGAGAUCCAGCUGACAUAGCCGACACGGUUUUCUUUUUGUGUGAUUCUGCAGAGUAUAUCACAGGCCAAGUUAUAGCUGUUGACGGAGGCCGAAGCUUACAUCAAUAG